AUGAAAAAAUAUAAUGAUGCAUUACAAAAUUAUCAAAAAGCUCUUUCUAUCAAUUAUAAAUGUUUGGCAACCAAUCAUCCUGAAACUGCAGCAACCUAUCACAAUAUUGGAACUUUGUAUGCUGAAAUAGGUAAUUAUGCAGCAGCUCUAGAUAAUUGUAAGAAGGCACUUGAAAUGGAAUUACAAAUACUACCACCUACACAUCCAACACUGGCAAUAACGUAUAGAGGGAUUAGUGCUAUUUUCAUAAAUAAAGGUGACUAUGCUGAUGCAUUGCAAUAUUUGGAGAAAGCACUUGAUAUACAGAUAAAGUCUUUACCAUUGAAUCAUCCUGAUUUUACAGAUACUUACAAUAACAUCGGGAUGGUUUAUGAUAGGCAAGAUAAUUAUCAAACUGCUUUGAAGAAUUAUGAAAAAGCUGUAGAAAUUGCAUCAGAAUCAUCUGGAGGUACACAUCCAGCUAUGAAAACUUAUAUUCAAAAUGUAUCUGACGUCAGAAGAAAACUGUCAUUAGCAUUACAAUGCAAAAACACAGUCGACUGCUAG